AUGGCUGACGAACUAGAGAGAUUUCGUAAAGAUUGGCUGCAUGAAAUCGAUCAGGGAGUUGAAAAAAAUAGCAAGAAUUUAAAGGAAUUAGGCAGUACAACAUCAGAAGUUGGCUCAGCUAAAUUUUCACAAAGUUUACAGGAUAUUGUUGGCACCGUUUUACCCUAUCGUCGCUAUGAGCAAUUGAUCCAUCAAUCUUCUAGUAGUCAUCAACAAGAUUUAUCCAGCAAGGAUCAAUUAGGUAAAAGGAAAGGAAAGACAGAUGAAGUAAUUGGUCGUAGGAAAUUGCCUAAGCAUGAUUUUGUUAGCGCACUCAUUGCAGAUCUGGACGAGGUUUAUGCUUUGCCCUUUUUUGAUCUUGAAUUACCCAAAGAACUUUGCUACCAAAUAUUCAUAUAUCUCAGCUAUCAAGAUUUAUGUCAUUGUAGCCAGGUUAGUAAAAGUUGGAGGUCUCUAGCUGAUGAUGACGCCUUAUGGCACAACUUAUGUAUAAAGUUUGGAUUUACUGAUCAAGAUAAUACAAGCGAGUCAACUGAAGACCCACUAGAAGGGCAGCUACUGGAAAUCGAUUAUGCGAAAGAAUAUUACUUCUCAACGAAGACUCAGGAAACAUUGGAGGAUGGGGUAAAUUUACAGGAACGAAUAUGCAAAGUCCAAGAAUUUGAAAAUACUCUUGGAGGCGUUUUAUGUUCAGUGGCAUUAUCCGACAAUCAUCUAUUAGCAGGCUAUGGCCUAGGUGAAGUCAAAUUGUAUAAUAUCCAUGAUGCAGAGUUUGUUCGUACCUUUAAUCCUAUUCACCCCACUUUUGACUAUGAUGAAGAUGGAAUCAUUGACAAAAGGUCUCCUGUUAAUUGUGCAGCAAUUAGCGGAAAUUUAAUUGCUACUGGACUUCGAUAUGGUAGUGUAGAUAUAUGGCAUAUUGACUACGGUCCAACGCCAAUUCAUCAUUAUAAAUUAGAAGAUUCUGUAAGUAAUAUAGCAAUCGAGACUGAAAGGGACUUAGUAGUUGCUAGCUCAAGCAAUAAUUCCGUAAGAGCCGAUAUUUCAGACAUGAACGGCCAAUGGCAACUAGCAACUUCGUUUGAUUUGUCUCAUAAUAUUACCAAUUUAAAAAUAUCCGGUAAUAAAGAUGGCCUCCCAAUAGUCGUUGCAUCUUGUAAAGAUGCCAUUGUAAUUCAUGGAUUCGAUUCUGCAGAUUCAUCGAUAACACUAGAAAAACUAUAUGGUGCUAAAAUUACCAGCUUAGAUGUAGCAGAUGAUUUUCUCGCCUGUGGUAUUAGUCAACUAGGCUUCGAAAUUCCUUCUGAGGCCCAUAAGCUCAAAAUAUUUUCCCUCCAUACUGGAAAAAUAACAAGUGUAUUAAAGGGACACUUUGGAGAUAUCACAUGUAUAAACGUUUCAGAAUAUAAAUCAAAUUCGAUCAUCACUGGUUCUUCCGACUGCAAGGUUCGAAUAUACGAUCUUCGCUCUGAAAAGCCUGUCAAUACUUUUCGGGGUAGUAGAUCAAAAAUUAAUACUGUACAAUCAGACGAUGUAAAAGCCGUAAGCGGUUGUGAAAACGGUAAAGUAUCAGUAUGGGAUAGGCGAAUGUCUGCUUUAUUAUGGGAAACUUCAUUCUCAUUCCCUAUAAAAUAUUGUCACUUUAAUACCUCAUGCCUAGUUUUCGCUAAUAUUCCUGAAGAAGAAUGUCAAGCUGAAUCACCAAUUGAUGAUAUUGUAUGGAAUAGGAGAAACAGAGGUAGACUAAGGUUACUCGAUUUUUCGUCUGACGAGUAUCAACCAGAGGAGAUUGGUUUACCUUCCAUCUGCUCAUCUAAAUACGAUGAACCAAUAGGAUACAAUUACAAUAUUCAUUUGAUGACACCAUAUGAUCAAAUCUGA